AUGGGCAAAAAAAGAGAAGAAGCGGAACUCCGUCUCCGGUCCGUCAAUGCACCACGCACCACCGGUACCGUCAUUGUCGCAAAACCAUGGAAUGAUUUGACGUUCAUAGCUCGGUCCCUCUCAUGGACCUCCGUUGAACACGCUUUUAAGACGCUUCUCGCCCUAGAUGCGCUUAGGGCGACGGCAAUGAGAUCGGCUUCGAACUAG